CGGAUUUCGCCGGAAUAGGGAAUGUGAGAACCUCGGAUUGGAUUGCGGCUCGAUCCCGUAACGGGUGCACAAGAUGGGGUUUGAUCCUCCCCUUUUGUGCAGAGAUGUACACUAGAUACUACACACGCGUUACCUAAAUACCACAUCUGCGGGGAGAAGCCGUUUCGGGGCGGAUACAUGUUGGAUAACUCACGCCAAGAGCGGCCCCAUGGGAGCAGAAGAAGUUUUGGCGCUACUGCUCGCCGUAGGUGGAGCCGCCGCAUCGGCUGUGCGCAGGGCGAUGGCGGUGGCGGGCGGCGCGGUGCGGGGCCGCUUCGCGGUGGUGGGCGGCGGCAUCGCGGGGGUCACUUGUGCCGAGAAGUUGGCUGCAGAAUUCCCAUCAGAAGACAUUUUUUUAAUGACAGCUUCCCCAGUUAUAAAAGCUGUAACUAAUUUCAAGCAGGUCUCCAAAACACUUGAGGAAUUUGAUGUUGAAGAGCAACCAAGUUUCCUAUUAGAAAAACGGUAUCCCAAUAUUAGAGUUAUACAGUGUGGAGUAAAACAGAUGAAAAGUGAUGAACAUAAAAUUUACACUGAAGAUGGGAAAGAAUACAUAUAUGAAAAACUUUGCCUGUGUGCUGGAGCCAAACCAAAGUUAAUUGUUGAAGGGAACCCGUAUGUAUUAGGAAUCCGGGAUACUGACAGUGCACAGGCUUUUCAGAAGAAUUUGGCUCAAGCUGAGAGAAUAGUGGUGGUAGGAAAUGGUGGGAUUGCCCUUGAAUUAGUGUAUGAAAUUCAAGGCUGUGAAGUAAUCUGGGCGAUCAAAGACAAAGAUAUUGGAAACACUUUCUUUGAUGCAGGAGCAGCUGAAUUUCUCCUUCCAAAGCUCACUGCUGAAAGGCGAGAGACUCCAAUUGAGUGUAAAAGAACCAAGUACACACUUGAAGGAAGCAAGGAAAAAGGAAGACCUACAGAAGCAUCUGACAAGCUGGGCAGUGCCUUAGGCCCUGACUGGCACGAGGGCUUACACCUUAAAGGGACUAAGGAGUUUUCUCAUAAAGUACAUAUUGAAAUACUGUGUGAAGUAAAAUCAAUACACUUACAGCAAGAAUUUAUACAACUGCAGCAGACUUCUGUGACUUUUCCUAAAGGGGAGAAAAAUGCAGAAGCAGAUGAGGUGCUGUGGCCUGUAUAUGUGGAAUUAACUAAUGGAAAAAUUUAUGGAUGCAAUUUCAUUGUCAGUGCAACUGGAGUUGUGCCAAAUGUUGAACCAUUUCUUGAUGGCAAUAAUUUUGCUCUGGGUGAAGAUGGAGGACUGAAGGUAGACAAGCACAUGCACACGUCGCUGACAGAUGUGUAUGCAGCUGGAGAUAUCUGCACAGCGGCAUGGGAGCCAAGCCCCGUGUGGCACCAGAUGAGGCUGUGGACCCAAGCUCGACAGAUGGGAUGGUAUGCAGCAAAGUGCAUGGCAGCAGAUGCUUUAGGAGAAUCUAUUGAUAUGGAUUUCAGCUUUGAACUAUUUGCUCACAUUACAAAAUUUUUCAAUUACAAGGUGGUGGUUUUGGGAAAGUACAACGCUCAGGGCUUGGGCUCAGACCAUGAGCUGAUACUGAGAUGUACCAAGGGACAUGAGUAUGUGAAAGUGGUGAUGCAGAAUGGCCGAAUGAUGGGAGCUGUGCUGAUUGGUGAAACAGACUUGGAAGAAACCUUUGAAAAUUUAAUUUUAAAUCAAAUGGAUCUUUCAGCCUAUGGUGAAAAUCUCCUAAAUCCAGAUAUUGAUAUAGAAGAUUAUUUUGAUUGAACAAUACCCCAUUCCCAUUUUGUAUGAAGCUUUGAUACCAAGUAACAUAUCUUAGAAAACUAUUUUCUCAGGAUUUCCAGAAAUGAGGGAUAAACGCAAUCCUCUGCUAAGAUUAUGGGUUGAUCUUGCCAAAAUACUGACUGGAUACUGCCACAGAUACCAGAUAGCUAAUGGUUCAAUCUCUAUUGAGCUAGCUCAGAUCUCACAUGAACAAAGAACAGUUUUAGGGCAAAGGGUGCUCAGAGCUCUUGCUACCUGCAAUGUGGGGUCCAAAUAUAUGGCCUUACUCUGUUUGUUUUUUUUUUUCAACUCUUUCUCUGCCCUCCCCCCCCACCAAGUUUACUUCUGAAAUAAAGUAUUUUCUACUCAGUUAAGUACAGAACACAAGCUUUGCACAAUGAAAGCCAGGAUGUGAUAUCAGUUGAGAGCAGCUUUUUGACUGCUUGUCCUUCAGCUGUCCAGGUGUUGGGGUAGAGUUGCACUGUACUGCACAGUGCCAGCCCUGGACAGCAAUUGUUUCAUCCUGGCUUUUGAAUUUUGUUCUACAGUUGCUGCCUGGGAGUUGCUAUUUAUUUAGGGUCUAAUUUGGAACCAUUUAUUGUACGCCACUUAAUUCAAAGUUGGCAGUACAUAUUGAGACUUGUCCCAGACAAAUCACUUUUUUUUUUUUUUUUUUUUUUUAGAAGAAUGACUGGUUUUAAUGAAAUUCAAUUUUUGGCAAAUGUCUCAGCUAAAGGGUGGGUGAAAGACUAGAGGCUUUAGUCACUGUCAUAAUUUUUAUUUGUCAGAAAAAUAAAGAUGAGCAUGUUCUUAAUUAUAUUAGUUUUGUAUUUGUUAUACAUAUAAGUGUAAGGGAGAAGAACCAAAAUGCAACCACCCAGAACCUGAGUUUAUUAGGGUUUUUGAUCUUUUGCUGCUAAAUUGUUAAAACUAAGAAAAUAAAAUUUAAUCUAGCACUCA